AUCGGGGUGGGGUGGCCGGGGGCUCUCCGCGUCCGCCGGGAGGAGGCAGCGACGGCGACAGGGGCCGUGGGGAGCCGGCGGCGCGCCUUUCUUGCUCGCUCCCGCUCGCCCGCUCUGCCUCCCUCCUCGCUGCGUAUGUGAGCCGCCUGAUCGGCGGCCGCCAUGUUAGGAGCGCAGUGGCGGCGCAACCAGCCUCCUCGGGCGGCGGAGGUGAGCGGUCUCGGGGGGAGACACGCGGCCAGCCAAGGGCCCGGGGUGCGGCAGGAGAGUCGGGGGGCGCGAAGGGCAGCAGAUCGACCGAGCUUCCCGCGUCCUAGGCUUGCUGUGGGCGGGGGCGGGACGACGAGCCCGUUACACGCGGACUGCAGCGCUAAGGCGAAGGGAGGAGCGCUCGAGGCCUGAGGGACUGACUGUCCACUGGGGGCCUGCCGUUUGGGGAGAAUAGUUAAAGCAGAGAAGUCUUGGAAUAGGGCCAGCCCCAGAUAGGUGUUUGUUUUGUUUUGUUUUUCCUGUUUGCCCUUAAAAAUGUGCCGCAAAAUGGAGGAUUUCGCAGACUCUGAAAAGCUUAGUCGUUUGAGGAGCGUUUCUUUAUUCUCUUGGUUCACGGCCUUCCCUGUGCUCUUCGCCCAUCGCUUCAUAGCGCCCUCUAAGACUCCCCUGUCCCCCGCCCACACACAUGCGCGCGGGAUUUUAGCUGGACCUCAGAAACAAUUCCUCCCCACCCCCAUCGCGUAAAAAUGGCCGAAAAACGAAACGUUAACGCUUGUUUUUCCUAUUGCGUCGUGGAGAAAGCCUCCUGCAGUAGGCUGCGAGCCAAGAUACUUGUUCUUGUUUAGAGAGUCACCUAAUAUUUCUUUCCUCUUUAUUAAAAUAUUAUCAGUCUGCGUUCUUCUAGAGAGGAUCGUAUGUUGUGGGACCUUCCGGUUUCCAGACAAAGGGUUUGGAGUACCGUGGUGUAGGCGCAUCGUUGUUCUUUUCAUUGCUAGCUUUGUGCCUUGUUCGGUGUUUUACAGGGACUUUUCCCAUGUGCCAUGGAAUAAUUCUAAAUGUUUUUCCUGCUCUGUGGCCCUAUUCUGUGGAAUAUUCCUAUUGGAUCAGUUACAGUUUUCUAGCCAGAUAUUUCUAGAACGUUUAUGGCGAUUCCGAAAUUUCUAGUCUUCAAGCGCGCUGGAAUAAUGUGAGAAUCGUUGAUUCCCAGGUCUUAGUCAUGAGAUUUUGUCUUGAUGAUGCGUUCUGUGUGGUGACUAGAGCUUGGUUUAAAAUUUUUAAGAAAUCGAUAAAAGACAGUUUUUUUCCAGUUAAAUUGAAACAGUUGUACUCGGCGGGAAAAUUUCUAUUUUAGACUAUUUAAAUAAAGGUUGAAAAUAUCCUUUGGAAAAGUCAAUGGCUCAGUCAUAUGCGCGGUCUGUCGUCAUAAUUUUUCAACGGUAAUACUGUCAGAAAUGAAAGUAGAGCUAGAUUUUGUUGUUGUUGUUGUUACAUAAACUCUGUAUUCCUUCUGCACUUAACCUGAAUCUUUUUGCAAAGUUGAAAUUGAACACAAUUGAAGUACUAAAUGAUUGUUGUGCUUGGUUAUGUAAGAUUAGGAAGAGAUCUUUAGCCAGAUGCUCUUUGUGGUGAAGUGCUUUAAAUUUACAUUUCUGCCCUUGAACUUAACAUUUAUGUGGUUAUAACAUUAACGUGUGUUUUACCCAGAGAGGAAAAUUUCCCUUUAUCUUCACAUAACUCCCUUCUCAGCUAUAUGUAAGUGAAGUUGCCUUUACAUAGCCUUUUCAACUAAUUGGAAAGGAUUUAACCACUCUUGACCUGAUGACUAUGUACGUUAAAGGAGUCUUUAAACAUACUCAUUUUAUUAACACUUUUAGGGAAGCAUAAAGGCUAAGUAAUAAUACAAGUCUGCUAAUGAUAGGCAAACAAAUUUUAACAACUGAGGAAUGUAAGUAAAUCGUCUUACAUGACUUCAGAAAUAAAAUGUAAUUCAAAUCUUUAAUUUUAUGAGAGAAGAUUAAAGCUCAAGGAGGUGGUGGUAAUAAUAGUCAAAUGGGCAGUGCUGUAGGUUUAUUCUAGAACACUUGCAUCUUGAUUGGAUACGUGAUUCAGACUCACCUUAUAAUAAAUAGGCUUGAAAAUGGAAGGGCUACAAAUGUCCAUUGAUGGAUGAAUGGAUAAAGAUGUGUAUAUGUGUGUGUGUGUGUAAAAAUACACACACACACACAUAUACACAAUGGAGUAUUACUUAGCAAUCAAAAAGAAUGAAAUCUUGCCAUUCGCAUCUAUGUGAAUGAAACUAGAGGGUAUUAGGCUAAGCGAAAUUAGACAAAUAUGACUUCACUCGUAUGAGGACUUUAAGAUACAAAACAGGUAAGAUACAAAACAGAUGAACAUAAGGGAAGGGAAGCAAAAAUAAUAUAAAAACAGGGAAGGGGACAAAAACAUAAAGACUCUUAAAUAUGGAGAACAAACAGAGGGUUACUGGAGGGGAUAGGAGGGGGGCUAAAUUGGUAAGGGGCAUUAAAGAAUCUACUCCUGAAAUCAUUGUUGCACUACAUGCUAACUUGGAUGUAAAUUUAAAAAAUUAAGAAAAACUAAAAAUAAUUAAAAAUAAACUUAAAAAAGUGGAAGGGCUAUACUUACAGGAAUUUAUUCUAAGAGAAUAGUAUGUAAAAGAUUUGUGCACAUAAAGAUCGCCUCAGUGACUGUCGGUUAAGCGUUUUACUUCGGCUCAGGUCGUGGUCUUGUGGUUCGUGAGUUCGAGCCCCGUAUUGGGCUCUAUGCUGACCUGCUUGAGAUUCUGUGUCUCCCUCUCUUAUCUGACCCUCCUCCCCUUGCUCACUCUCUUUCUCAAAAAUAAACAAAAAAAUUUUUUAAAGAUUUGUGCACAUAAAUGUUAAUCUACGCUAUUAAGCUUACUAAAACUCUGAAAGAUUCAGCACUUAGAGAUCUGCUAAUUACAAUGUGGCCAUCAGAUGGAAAUCUAUAUAGUUUUUUAAAAGAAUGUUUUAGCAAGAGUAAUCAUGGGAAAAUGAAUAUAAUAUUACUUGGAAAGAAAAUAAAAUUUUUGGUGGUCCCAAAAAUACUUUUUUUUGGUUGUUUCUUAAAGGAAUUUAGGAAUAAACAUAAAAAUAGAGACGUACCAAAAUGUGUGAGUUAUGGAUGUUGGUGUUAGCUUUAUGGGUGAUUUAUAUUUCCUUCAAUUUGUUUUUCUGAAAUUUCCACAAGAAAUUACACAUAUUUUUAUAUGGGGAGGGUGGUGAAACUUUUUUUUUGUACAUGGUAGACUGCUUAAAAGACCAGUACUUUGUGUUUUGUUUUUUUAGGACCUCGUGUAUUUUUGAGGGGAAUUAAGAUAAAAGUGAGCCAGCUUCUUGAAGUCUGAAGUGCAGAGUAUUCAAAAGUGACAAAAAGUAGUGUUUAUUCUGUAACUUACUCUGGUUAUUAUGUGUAGACAAAUGGAGGAAUCUUAAGGCAUCCUUAUGUAAGAAUAUUGAAUUUCCCUCUAUAGAAACUAAUGGUAAUUAGGUUACAAUGUGAAGUGCAGCCAUUAAACUAUUUUAAGAAUGAUCAAAACCAAAGAAUUGGGUAAUGGUUUCUUAGAUAUUACUCUUAGUACAUCUUUCAGUUAAAGAUACUUUUUAAAAAUACGUAUAUACUUUUUUUUAAAUGCAUACUUUUUUUUAGAGUUGCAUUAAAACUGUCCUGCACUUGGGGCAACAGGUUCUGAGUGGACUUGACUUUGGAAUGGACAGUACUGAGUUUGUUGAGGGUGGAGUGGAAGGGUUGUAGACAGUACAGGUUUGCAAGUUUCUUCAUACAUAUAUAUAUACACACACACAUACACACAUGGUUAUUCCACGGAUAACACUGCAAAGAAACAAAGCUCUGUAAUUUAUAAUUCUUACCUAUAUAUCGGGCCUUCUUGUUGGAUCAUUAAAAUUAAGAGUUCUGAAAUUUGUGAUUUAAAAAUAAAAGUUUACACGUAGAAAAUCUUAGUGGAUCAUUAAAACUAGAACAGAGAGAAAAGCCAAUGGUUUGAGAGAAUUGUAGGGAUGUGGCCUUUAAAAGAUAUUUAUAAGUGGUUUUUAAAGUUCUCUAGUUUUUGACUCACUGUAGCAUGUAUCUAUUAUAAGCAUAAAUAUAAACUUAUAGUACAAUAGGAGUUGUAUGAUAAACUGCUAUGUUAUCUUUCCUGGCUUAAAUAUAAUUACUGUGGCAGAUCUGAGUAGAUGGAGUGCCUUUGAUGUGAUGCAGCUUCCUUAUUUGCAGCUGUCUAUCUUUGAUGUUCUGUGCAUAUAUAAGGCUCAAGACUUGGAAAUUAAAAUUUAUAUGAAGUAGCAAUGAAAUCUUAAGUUUAAUUUUUUUUAAUUUAAUUAAAUUUUUUGUUUUAGGGGCACCUGAGUGUCCCUUAAGCGUCCAACUUCUCAGGUCAUGAUCUCCUAGUACGUGGGUUUGAGUGCAACAUCGGGCUCUCUGCUGUCAACGUGGCAGCCCGCUUUAGAUCCUGUCUCCCUCUCUCUCUAUGCCCCUCAAAAGUAAACAUUAAAAAAAAUUAAAAUUGUUUUAAUUUAAAGAGGAGGACUGAGGCUUUUCAGUAAGGUUAUGGCAGGAGAGGUGUAAAGCCUUCGUUUUGAAGGAUGACAGGAUAAUUUAAAGGUAGAUUGGCAUUGGAGAAUGAAGGAGGAAGAGGAGGUUUAAUUUGUUCACUUCCUCUAGCAUCUGGUUCUUUUCUUCAGUGUUGUUUAGGUGACUACCAGUCUUUAAAUCUGGUGUCAUUUAAAGUUAACAUCUGAUUCGGUAGCAAAAUUCAAACAUUAAUUCAAAUCCAGCUUUGAGUAGGAAUGAAUGAGACACUAAAGUUGAUGUAUGAAAUGGGGAGUACAGUGUAUGUGAAAGGUUUAUAAGCUCUUUAUUGUCUUUGGGUCAGUCCUUUUGCAUCUGAAGUUUUUCUCAUUGGUUGUUAGGAUCAGAUGAUGUUACAUCAAAGUAGAUGAUUAUUAUGGUGCUAACCAUGUGUCAGAAACCAUUCUAAGUGUUUUAUGCGGACUAAUUUAUUAAAUGUUUACAGCCUUGUGAAAUGGGUAUUGUUUUCAUUCCCAUAUUACGAAUGAAAGCAAAACAAAUGUUAAGUGACUUGUUCAAAGUCAACUAUUUUGUAGUAGGACUUGCAUUCAAAUCAAGGUAUUUGGGCUCCAAAAAUCUCAGUAUAUACCAAAUCAAAGAGUUGAACAAAUGUUUGUGGAAACCAAGAAAAUAGAACAUAAAGAGUGGAAGGAAAAAUCUUGAGUGCGCAAUGGCAGCUUGAAAAAAACCACUCAUUUUGCUUCUCUUUUUCUUUAAGUUUGUUUAUUUUGAGAGUACAAGCCAGGAAGGGGCACAGAGAGAGAGUCCCAAGCAGGCCCUUCGAUGUCAGUACUGAGCCUUACGUGGUAGGUCGGUCUCGGGAACUGUAAGAUAUGACCUGUGCUGAAAUCAAGAGUUGACGCUUAACCAACUGAACCACCCAGGGGCCCCUCAUUUUGCAUUUAAGUAGAGAAGUAAUCUGAGCUAGUGUCAAAAUCAAAUUGAAUCCAAAAUGGUAGGUAAAUGGAAUAACUUUCUAUCCUGUAUUGCUUUAAUCUGAAAAUGUUUAGUGUGUGAUUGAAAGUUGCUAAGAAAAAAUUUUAAGUCUAGGAAGAAGAAAAAUAUUCUAACCCUGAUUAGGAAUCCCUCCUGAUUAACAUGUUUUCUAUUUUAGCAGCUGAAGGCACUUUGCAACAAACACUUUUAUCAUUAGCCUAAGGAUCAAGAAGUGGGCUAGAAGUUGAAUCCAGAGUUGUCUGCUGGUUCUCAGCUUGAAGAAGAUUCUACAGUCCUUAUUGAUCCUUUUUCUUGGCGUUACCAUUUUUUGAAGCAAAGUUAACCUAAUUUGCUAGUUUGAGCUUUCUUUUUGGCCAUCUUUAAAAAAAAUUUUUUAAGUCUAUAAACUAGACAAAAGAUAGUUCUACAAUGUCCAAGUCAUUCCAGCAGUCAUCUCUCGGUAGGGACUCACAGGGUCAUGGGCGUGACCUGUCUGCAGCAGGAAUAGGCCUUCUUGCUGCUGCUACCCAGUCUUUAAGUAUGCCAGCAUCUCUUGGAAGGAUGAACCAGGGUACUGCACGCCUUGCUAGUUUAAUGAAUCUUGGAAUGAGUUCUUCAUUGAAUCAACAAGGAGCUCAUAGUGCACUGUCUUCUGCUAGUACUUCUUCCCAUAAUUUGCAGUCUAUAUUUAACAUUGGAAGUAGAGGUCCACUCCCUUUGUCUUCUCAACACCGUGGAGAUGCAGACCAGGCCAGUAACAUUUUGGCCAGCUUUGGUCUGUCUGCUAGAGACUUAGAUGAACUGAGUCGUUAUCCAGAGGACAAGAUUACUCCUGAGAAUUUGCCCCAAAUCCUUCUACAGCUUAAAAGGAGGAGAACUGAAGAAGGCCCUACAUUGAGUUAUGGUAGAGAUGGCAGAUCUGCUACACGGGAACCACCAUACAGAGUACCUAGGGAUGAUUGGGAAGAAAAAAGGCACUUUAGAAGAGAUAGUUUUGAUGAUCGUGGUCCUAGUCUCAACCCAGUGCUUGAUUAUGACCAUGGAAGUCGUUCUCAAGAAUCUGGUUAUUAUGACAGAAUGGAUUAUGAAGAUGACAGAUUAAGAGAUGGAGAAAGGUGUAGGGAUGAUUCUUUUUUUGGUGAGACCUCGCAUAACUAUCAUAAAUUUGACAGUGAGUAUGAGAGAAUGGGACGUGGUCCUGGCCCCUUACAAGAGAGAUCUCUCUUUGAGAAAAAGAGGGGCGCUCCUCCAAGUAGCAAUAUUGAAGACUUCCAUGGACUCUUACCGAAGGGUUAUCCCCAUCUGUGCUCUAUAUGUGAUUUGCCAGUUCAUUCUAAUAAGGAGUGGAGUCAACAUAUCAAUGGAGCAAGUCACAGUCGUCGAUGCCAGCUUCUUCUUGAAAUCUACCCCGAAUGGAAUCCUGACAAUGAUACAGGACACACAAUGGGUGAUCCAUUCAUGUUGCAGCAAUCAACAAACCCAGCACCAGGAAUUCUGGGACCUCCACCCCCCUCAUUUCAUCUUGGGGGACCAGCAGUUGGACCAAGAGGAAAUCUGGGUGCUGGGAAUGGAAACCUGCAAGGACCAAGACACAUGCAGAAAGGCAGAGUGGAAACCAGCCGCGUUGUUCAUAUCAUGGAUUUUCAGCGAGGGAAAAACUUGAGAUAUCAACUAUUACAGUUGGUAGAACCAUUUGGAGUCAUUUCAAAUCAUCUGAUUCUAAAUAAAAUUAAUGAGGCAUUUAUUGAAAUGGCAACCACAGAGGAUGCUCAGGCUGCAGUGGAUUAUUACACAACCACACCAGCAUUAGUAUUUGGCAAGCCAGUGAGAGUUCAUUUAUCCCAGAAGUAUAAAAGAAUAAAGAAACCUGAAGGGAAACCAGACCAGAAAUUUGAUCAGAAGCAAGAACUUGGGCGUGUGAUACAUCUCAGCAAUUUACCUCAUUCUGGCUAUUCGGAUAGUGCAGUUCUCAAGCUUGCUGAACCUUACGGAAAAAUUAAAAAUUAUAUACUGAUGAGGAUGAAAAGUCAGGCUUUUAUUGAGAUGGAGACCAGAGAAGAUGCAAUGGCAAUGGUCGACCACUGUUUGAAAAAGGCCCUUUGGUUUCAGGGGAGAUGUGUUAAAGUUGACUUGUCAGAAAAAUAUAAAAAAUUGGUACUGAGGAUUCCCAACAGAGGCAUUGACUUACUGAAAAAAGAUAAAUCUCGGAAAAGAUCUUAUUCUCCAGAUGGCAAAGAAUCUCCAAGUGAUAAGAAAUCCAAAAUUGAUGGUUCCCAGAAGACUGAAAGUACAACUGAAGGUAAAGAACAAGAGGAGAAGUCAGGUGAAGAUGGUGAAAAAGAUACAAAGGAUGACCAAGCAGAGCAAGAACCUAACAUGCUUCUUGAAUCUGAAGAUGAGCUUCUUGUCGAUGAGGAAGAAGCAGCAGCACUGCUAGAAAGUGGCAGUUCAGUGGGAGAUGAGACAGAUCUUGCUAAUUUAGGUGAUGUGGCUUCUGAUGGGAAAAAGGAACCUUCAGACAAAGCUGUGAAAAAAGAUGGAAAUGCCAGUGCUUCAGCAGCUGCAAAGAAAAAGCUUAAAAAGGUGGACAAGAUCGAGGAACUUGAUCAAGAAAACGAAGCAGCGUUGGAAAAUGGAAUUAAAAAUGAGGAAAAUACAGAACCAGGUGCGGAAUCUGCUGAGAAUGCUGAUGAUCCCAACAAAGAUACAAGUGAAAAUGCGGAUGGCCAAAGUGAUGAAAACAAGGAGGACUAUACAAUCCCAGAUGAGUAUAGAAUUGGACCAUACCAGCCCAAUGUUCCUGUUGGUAUAGACUAUGUGAUACCUAAAACAGGGUUUUACUGUAAGCUGUGUUCACUCUUUUAUACAAAUGAAGAAGUUGCAAAGAAUACUCAUUGCAGCAGCCUUCCUCAUUAUCAGAAAUUAAAGAAAUUUCUGAAUAAAUUGGCAGAAGAACGCAGGCAGAAGAAGGAAGCUUAAGAUGUGCAAGAAGCUUAACAAUUUCAAAGAAAAUAAUGGUUCUUUGUUUUUAAUGUUAACCUUUUUUAAAUACAAUACUGGUAGUUAGAAGAAAACUAUUGUACUCUUUUGUUUUAGUGGAAAAAUAUUAGAUGUCUGUUCAUGUGUUAAGUGUUACAGCAAAAAUACAUAUACGGUUAAGUUAAUGAAGAAUUGUUUUUGUUUUAUCAAAAUGGUAACAGACAGAAGUACUUUGUAGAGACUGACUUGUAAGUUACUUAAGACAACUUGCACCACUAAGAAAAAAGAUACCUAGAAUCAUUCAGAGAAAUGAAAUUUAGUUCCACGCUUCAAAGAAAUGUCAAAACUUUUGAUUCCAUUCAAUAAAGAACAAAACCAAUGGUAUUUUUAUUACUUUCAUCUGAAACAUUCCGCAUUUUAAUCUGAGCCUUUUGCAGACUUCUCAUCAUUUGGAGUUUGAAGGUUUUUGGUUGCUUUUUAUUUGGAUAUCUUCAUUAAUAUGAGAUUGGCAAUUAUAAUGCAGGUGCAGUUUUCUUUUAAUGUCAUGCUGUUGUUUAGGUAAUAAGAAAUACUAAGUAAUUGGCUUUAGAUUUUUGUAAUUUUUUUCCCCUAAGUUCCUGCUAGAUUUCGUAUUCUAGUAGUCAAUGUAUUUUCAGUGAAAUGUAAAAAUAUUCCCGUUCCCUUUGAGCAGUAUUAAUUUCUUGAGAUCUUAUUGCUUGUCACUUGAAUCCUGUAGCUGUCAUACAUCUGGUAUAAGCAACAUUUGAUUUUUGAAGUGUGUAGACCAUCUCUUCAUAUUUCAAGAUGUAAUUUUACAUUUCUGCAUUUUAAAAAGUUUGGCCAUAAACUAGACGCACGCUUCUAAUUCAUAUACCUGCACAUGUGACCUUUGUGAACAGAAAUUUGCAUGUAUAAUCUGUGUUUACUUGUAACUUUCUGGUAAUAUACUGCUUAUAUCUGUGGAUUCAAGUUUCUGAAGUGAAUACCAAUAAAAAAAAAAAAAACCUAGGCCAAGUUCAUUGGUUAUACAUAUUUGGAAUGUUAACCAA